AUGGAGGCCAAAAACUUUUUCUUUCCGCCGUUGCCCACUUUGGGUGUGGACGAGUGUCAGGGGAAGAUCUACGGCUACGACUCGUCCGGCUCAGACUCGAGCUCAGAGGAGGAGGAGCUCGAGUUCCCAGACCCGACGGGGGACAACACAGAGUUCAACCCAUCACACCGGCGGAAGCGGCGCCGUACGGGGAAGGAUGCGAAGGAGAGCGCGGCAUUGGGCGUGUUUGGAUCAGACAGCGAGGAGGAUGAGAGACCUAGCAGUAGUGCUUUUGGAAAACGCGGCGGCGGCGGCGGCGGCGGUGGGCGACCGUUGAGAGAUAAGGGAAUGGGCUUUGUGAAGCAGGGCGAGACCGUCGAGGACGAAGACGAGGAUGAAUACGAGGGAGGAGGAGCGGGGGCAGAGGGAGAGGAGUACCCCGAGGACGUCGUUACGGGCUUCGCAGGCCUACGCGGGGCGGACACAUCGAUGCUCGGGGCCGCCAACAACAACACCGCCGCCGACGACUGGGACAUCGCCGACAAAGUGCCAAAGCCGCGCCCGCGCUUCGCAUUCAGCAAGUUCACCAAAGCCUCCGCCGCCACCGCUGCCUCUGCGGGGGGCGGCGACUCGGGCGCGUCAACCCCGGCAUCCGUCAACACCGACGACGAGCCCGAGCGGCCCCGCCUCGGUCUUGGUGGCCGCGCAUUUACCAAGCCUGCGUCCGGGGAGGCGUCGGGCGCGACUACGCCCGGGUCUAUGGAUGCGCAUAUGGGGCUGGGCUUUGCGCCGGCAUCGCCGCAGCAGCAGCAGCAGAGCGAGGCGAUGCCGCUGGGGAGGGGCUUUGUGUCGUCGGCGGCGGCGCAGGCGGCAUAUGUGCCGACGCUGUCGGCCAACCCGCCGCCCUCGGAGGCGCCGCAGGUUGUGAGGCCGUCGUUUACGCAGGUGGAUAAGGGGAGGGGGGGGAAGACAGGGAAGGGGGGCGAGAAGGAUGCGGCGCCGGCGGUUAAUCCGAACUCGUUCGCGGCUAGGAUGAUGGCGAAGAUGGGGUAUCAGCCGGGGCAGGGACUGGGGAAGAGUGGGGAGGGUAUAUUGAACCCGAUUGAGGUGAAGCUGCGGCCCCAGGGUGCCGGUAUAGGUGCGAUUAGGGAAAUGACGCCUGCGGCCCGGGCGGAGGCGAAGCGUGCACGGAGACUUCGGGGUGAGGAGGUGUCCGAUAGUGAGGAAGAGGCAAGGAAGAAGAAGGAGAGAAAGCAACGAACGUCCGGGUCCACGGGUAAUACCCCUAGCGGGACACCGUUGAGGGUAAAGAAGAACAAGACGAGAUUCUUGACUGCAGAUGAGAUCUCUGCGAGUGCAAAGGGGCUGGAGGUUCCGAGUGCGCUAAAGAACAUUGUGGAUUAUACAGGCAAGGAGGCGAAACUUUUGACGUCUGCCUCGGGGGUCAUGGAUAGGGGACUGUCUGUGGAGGACGAGUCUCUUAAAAUUGCUAAAAGGGCGCGUAGAGAUCUGGAGAGCUUUGCGAGCGAGUGGAAGGGCCUGGAGGAUAGAAAGGCUUAUAUUGAGAAGGAGGAAAUAAGACUUACUGCUGAGCUCGAUGAGCAGGGAGAGGAAAUUCGUAGAUUGCAGGGAAUGGUAGAUGUAGUGAAUAGCCUGCAGGAAUUGUCAUUAGGGGGCGAGAACAGCUCCAUUGAAGAUGUAGUCACCAAGCUGGAGGUAUUGCAGUCGGAGUAUAAGAACGAGAUCGAGGACCAUGAUCUUGCGGAGGUUGCUGUUGCGGCUUUACAUCCACUGUUUCGAAAAGAACUUGCAGGCUGGGCCCCUCUUACGGACCCGUUCCUAUUCUUUGAGCACUUCCGCCGUCUCCGUGCCAUCCUCCAUAUCCGCAGUAAAGAAGAUGCGGAAACCGAAUAUGCCAGAAACGGCUUUGUAUCAAAGUCCAAAUACACCACCCACUACGAAAGCAUGAUGUUCUCCCUCUGGCUGCCCAAAGUCCGCUCCGCCAUCAACAACGACUGGGACCUCGUCCUCCCCAAGCUCAAGACCGCCGUCGCCGACUGGAACCCGCGCGGCGGCAAGCGCCGCCGCACGCGCCAGCCCCCGCACCUCUGGGUCUUCCAGUGGCUCCCCCACCUCGGCACAAACAUGGAAGACCUUCUGCGCGACGUGCGCCGCAAGUUCGGCGUCGUCCUCGACGCCUGGGACCUCACAAAGGGCACCGUCGACGGCCUCGACGCCUGGAAAGAAGUCUUUGGCCCCGGCGAGCUCGAAAAGCUCCUCAUUCGCCACCUCCUCCCCCGGCUCGCCCUAAAGCUGCGAGCGGAAUUCGACGUCAACCCGGCCGACCAGCUGCUCGACCCCCUCGAGCACGUGCUGGGGUGGCUGCCCUUCUUUCGCGUAUCGACAUUUGCGCAGCUCCUCGAGGCGGAGUUCUUCCCCAAGUGGCUGAACAUACUGCAUCAGUGGCUGACCUCGCCCGCGCCGAACUUUACGGAGGUACAGGAGUGGUACACCUUCUGGACCGGCGUCUUCCCCACCGAGCUCCGUGGCGCGCCGCCCGUGCGCGCGGGGUUCAAUAAGGGCCUCGACAUGAUGAACCGCGCGCUCGACCUCGGCGCCUCUGCAGCCAGUCUGCUUCCCGCGCCCGCGGCGGGCCCCGCGAAGCCGCCGAAGAAGAAGGCGUCGUCGUCGUCCGCCAAGGUGGCAGGGGCAGGGGCAGGGCAGAAGUUUUCAACGGCGGCAGAGGCGCUGCCGGAGACGACGUUCCGCGAGGCGGUGGAGGACUGGUGCGCGGAGCAUAAUCUGCUGCUUGUGCCGCUGCGCAAGGCGCACGAGGGGACGGGGGUGCCGCUGUUUAGGAUCACGGCGAGCGCGAGUGGGGGCGGCGGGGUGGUGUGCUAUUUUGUGGGUGAUGUGGUGUGGGUGAUGGAGAAGAAGAAUAGGGAGGUGUUUGUGCCGGUGGGGUUGGAGGGUGUGUUGGAGAGGGUGGAGGGGAGGUAG